AUGCUGCUUUUUGGAGGUGGGUCGUUGCAUAGGAGGCAGGCUAUUGCUAAUUUCUUAGGCAUGGGUGUUACUUUCUUUCCGGAUAGAUAUUUGGGAGUUAAGGUGAUGCCUGGUAGGGUGAAAUAUAGUCAUAUUAGUAAUGUGGUGGAUAAGUUGAAGGAUCAUCUCUCGGUGUAUAAAGGUAAAAUGCUUUCCUUUAAGGAUCGUGUAGUGCUUAUUAAAUCUGUCCUUGCAAGCUAUGCCAUUCAUAACAUGGUUGUCUAUAGGUGGCCUGUUAAAUUUGUUAAGCAAAGUGAACGUGUUAUUCGUAAUUUUCUUUGGUCGGGAGAUUCAGACUUGGCUAAAGCUUUUGUGGUGGAUAUGACAAGAUUUGUAGUCCGGUGA